AUUGAGACAACAAAACUCUCUCUUUCUGUCUUCUUGUUUUGCUAAUUUAAUACGAAAACCUUUUUUUUUUGGACGAUAGAACAGCAGCAACAACAACUAAUUUGAGUUGCAUUUAAAAGCUUGAAACUCAUUCUGAAUCUCAAAUUAAAAUGACUUCAGCAGAAAACAAUGGUGCUUCUAGCCACCCCUCCACUACCGGCGCCACCGCGAUAACCACCGUCGUCGACGGCGUAAACGCUGGCCUUGUUAUUUUAACCACCGAAACCAUACGUUUGUUUCUCGCUGGAGCUUCCGCGGGAGUUGAACUCUCUGAUGACCUGAGAGAACUCGCGUCUUCCCUUUCCGAUCAUCCCACGGUACCAUACAAACAUCUGAGGUCGCUUUGGAUCGGGUCUAACCCUUCAACACGACCUGAUCUAAUGGGCUUGUUAUCCGGAUCCAAUUUCGUCUUCUGCAGUCCAAAACCCAGAGAAAAAAGUGAGGAACUCAAAGCUCGGUUGAGAAAACUAGAAGAAGCGUCGGAGAGGAAGGCGUAUGAUGAAUUGGUGAAGGAUAUUACUCCUAGGAAAGCUGUGGAUGAACCCUUUUCCUCUUAUAAAGAUCAAAUGGGCUUUGGUUUACAUGUUGCUUUAACAAUGUUCACUGGCUAUCUGAUGGGAUAUUAUGCGUUCAGGGCCUUAUUUAGUCACAGUCCAGCAAUGAGCGCUGCUGGAGGCAUUCUUGGAUUGGUCAUGGGUAUGCUUGUCGAGACACUUCUCUUUAUUAUCAGAACUUCGAGUCUGGAUAAAAAACAGGCUAGAAAAGCCACUUCGUUCACAACAACACAGAAGAAGAAUCAGUAGAGGCUUCAUCACAAGAAGUUGAUUCUUUCUAUGUUUCCUUAGAAUAGGAAUAAAUUUUUUUGGUAUUGAGCAUCUUAUUUAUUUCUCCUCCUGUGAAUUUUUAUUUUUAUGCUGUAAAAAUAUGUAUAAUUUGAUUUGUGUAGCUCACUAUAGGUUUGUUAUACCCACAAAGAGAAGUAUUAAUACUCUCUAUGCAAAAUUAUUUCUUAUUGGAAAAUUGGAAAGUUUUACUAUCUUAUGAAGUGGUAAAAUAUUUAUGUUUUUGGCA